AUGGCGUCCAAAGCAUCUCAGGUGCUAUUUGAGCUUCCCUUUCGCGGCGAACAUGAUGCUGGACACGGUAAAAUCGUGGCAACACAGCCAGUGGCGAAGGUCUACCUUCUGACCUUCGAGAAUGGGCCUGAUAAUAGGCUUCUAAGUUCUCUUUGCAACGCCCUACUUCUAGCCUUGGACAUUCUUGAGCACCKCUAUCCUGCUGGCGUGGUGAUAACCACAUCUUCCAUUCCAAAGUUUUACUCUAAUGGCAUGGACCUCGACCACGCGGCUUUCACACGAGCAUAUAUGCCGAAUGUGCUGUAUAAACUAUGGCACCGCUUGCUGGUGUACCCGAUGCCAACCGUGGCAUUGAUGAAUGGACACGCUUUUGCUGGAGGACUGAUGUUGGGAAUGAUGCACGAUUAUCGGGUUAUGAAUCCUCACAAGGGUUUCCUAUGCUUGAACGAGGUUGAACUGGGAGCCCCAUUACGGGCACCGAUGACGGCAGUGUUUAGAAUGAAAUUGAGCGGAGCUACUUUGAGGAAGUUGGUGCUGGAGGCAUAUCKUUUCAAGGCUCUCGAGGCAUUGAAUGAAGGCCUAGUUGAUCAUCUAGGAGGGCUGGACGAGACUUUGGCAUUCAUCGAUGAAUUUCAUUUGGUGAAGAAGGCUCAGCCAGGUGCAAGUGGGCAGUCUGUGUAUUCCCGGUUGAAAAGGGAGAUGUGGCGGGAGACUACUGAUAUGCUUGAAAAUUGGGCGGAAGAGCAUGUACGGGAAGAGAAAGUCCGAGAGCAAGUGGAGAAAGAGCGGCAGUUGAGCCUGAAGAAUGUGGCGGCUUGGGAGAAGAUAAAGGGCAAACUGUGA